UAGAAAUGACAAUAGAGGGCCAUAGGGAGCCCCCCCAGAAGCAAGAUUCAAAUAUCUUGCUUUCUUCCUUAAAACAAAAACAAAAACAAAACAAAACCGAAAGAAAAUAAAAAGAAAAGGCAAGAAGGAAGAAAAGAAAAAGACAGAAAGAGGAAUAGGAGGAGGCCGCAGCUCCUCGUUUUCAGCUUUGGCGAAGAUGGAUCCACGUUUCAUCUUUAAUCACGCCAGGCCCAGGCCCAUCUGUCUUGUUUACUCUGCCGAGGAGAGGACGGGCCUCGGUGUCGACCAUUACCUCGACACCCGCUAACAAAUGAGGCCCAGCUCGGCCGCCUCCGCCUCUGCUGCUGCCGCUGCUGGAAGACAGCCUGGAUUUCCUUUCUUUGUCCCCCACUCCGAUACCCAGCGAAAGCACCCCUGACUGCCAGAUAAUGCACUGUUUUGGCCACGGUAACAAACACACACACGCUCCCUCCUCCUCUGUGCCUGUUCACGGAGGGACACAAUGACUGCUCACCCACUUCCACCGUGGGGUUGGGGCUGGGGAAUAGAGGAAGGGAACAAGGAGGGGAUGGGGGUGGCCUUGACAACUCAGGACUGAGCAGGAAAAUUGAGUCCAAGGAAAAAAACAGAGACUCGCAGACCCGGGAGGUACUUCCUCUGAAAGGCCAAGCCAAGCCAUACCUGGCAGGGUGAGGGCCCAGUUGAGUUCUGGGAGCUGGACCUGACUCUGCCAGUCCAGAGUUGUACAGAAGAGGCCUCUCUCCUAGACUGAAAAGGAAUGUGAAACUAGGAAAUACAAUGUGCCCCUCCCAGUCUGGGAGGAGGAUGUUGCAGAGCCCUCUCCCAUAGUUUAUCAUGUUGCAUCGUUUAUUAUUAUUAUUGAUAAUAUUAUUAUUACUAUUUUUGUGUCAUGUUCGUCCUCUCUCCUCUUCUCUUUCUGACAUUCCAAAACCAGGCCCCUUCCUACCUCUGGGGCUGCUUGAGUCUAGAACCCUUCGUAUGUGUGAAUAUCUGUGUGCUGUACAGAGUGACAAUAGAAAUAAAUGUUUGGUUUCUUGUGACCAACACAGCGUGUUUUUGUUGAAACAUUGGUGUAAAGAUAUGGACAGAUGCCACCCGGUGUAUAUUUUAAGCACCCUAGUGGGUUCAGCCUCACAUUGUAUGUGGUUGAAGAUUUUUUUUCAAAGAGUCUGAUGGGAAUUUUUAUCUCAGAGGACUCCAAAUUGUGGUAGCUAAUUUGUUAUCCUUUUAGGGUGGGUGUGUUUUGUUUUGGGGCUUUUAAUUUUUUCCCUUCAGUCCAAAAAUGGAUUGAAAGGGCUGGGAGGGCUGAUUCCAGUCCCUAAUGGGGGAAAAUGUUUCAUUGUAGGACACAAGAGGCUUAAGUACGGCAAAGCCUUUCAUAUCGUGAUUUAUUUGUCAUAAGCAAAUAAAAUGCGGUUAAGCUGUCUCCUUCUAGACAGACGGCUCUUUGGUUAUUAAAGUUCCGAGAGAGGAUUCCAUGAGGCCGGCCUCUUUCCUCACAGCAUAAGAAGCAAAUCUCCUCAGACCGGCUGUUGGGGGAAAAAAGUGUUAGCCGUCUCUCCCGGAUCUGCGAGGGGGAAAAAAUUUGGAACCAUAAAGUUGAAAACUUUUUUCUCUCAGUUUGGAAGAAGCCCUUCGUCAUGAAUGGGAUCGGCGGAGUUCGGGCGAGAGGAGGCGAGAGGCGCAAAGGAGGGGAGAUUUCUCGCCUGCCGCUCGCGCUGGGGCUCGAUGUGAAUAUAUAUUAUGUCUGCCUGUUCUCCCCUCGUCGGUGGCUAAGGUCAGCCGUUUGGAACAAACCCCGGAGGAGGGGGUCACGGGGGGGGGGUCCGGCGUGUCACGUGACCCCCAGGGUUGCCAAUGUCCGGUCCUGAGGGUAUCAGGCCUUUGCAAGUUGCCACCCACUGCCCGGGCCUCACCCAGCGAUGCAGAAAGCCACCUACUACGACAACGCCGCGGCUGCUCUCUUCGGAGGCUACUCCUCGUACCCUGGGAGCAAUGGCUUCGGCUACGACGGCCCCCCCCAACCCCCAUUUCAGGCCGCCACACACCUGGAGGGCGACUACCAGCGCUCAGCGUGUUCACUGCAGUCCCUGGGCAAUGCUGCCGCACAUGCCAAGAGCAAGGAGCUCAACGGCAGCUGCAUGAGGCCCAGCCUGGCCCCCGAGCCCCUGCCCGCCCCGCCCGGCUCACCCCCGCCCAGCGCCGCACCUACCAGUGCCACUAGCAACAGCAGUAAUGGGGGUGGGCCCAGCAAAAGUGGUCCCCCCAAGUGCGGUCCCGGCACCAACUCCACCCUCACCAAACAGAUAUUCCCUUGGAUGAAAGAGUCGAGGCAAACGUCCAAGCUGAAAAACAGCUCCCCCGGCACAGCAGAGGGCUGUGGUGGCGGCGGCGGCGGUGGUGGCAGCAGCGGCGGCGGAGGCGGUGGCGGCGGCGGGGGCGGCAGCGGCGGCGGCGCUGGAGGGGACAAGAGCCCCCCGGGGUCGGCAGCGUCCAAGAGGGCGCGAACGGCGUACACGAGCGCGCAGCUGGUGGAGCUGGAGAAGGAGUUCCAUUUCAACCGCUACCUGUGCCGGCCUCGCCGUGUGGAGAUGGCCAACCUGCUGAACCUCAGCGAGCGGCAGAUCAAGAUCUGGUUCCAGAACCGGCGCAUGAAGUACAAGAAGGACCAGAAAGCCAAGGGGCUGGCCUCGUCGUCAGGGGGCCCCUCUCCCGCCGGCAGCCCCCCUCAGGCCAUGCAGUCCACGGCCGGCUUCAUGAACGCCUUACACUCCAUGACCCCCAGCUACGAGAGUCCGUCCCCGCCUGCCUUCGGCAAAGCCCACCAGAAUGCCUACGCGCUGCCCUCCAACUACCAGCCCCCUCUCAAAGGCUGUGGCGCCCCGCAGAAGUACCCCCCGACCCCGGCGCCCGAGUAUGAGCCGCACGUCCUCCAAGCCAACGGGGGCGCCUACGGGACGCCCACCAUGCAGGGCAGUCCGGUGUACGUGGGCGGGGGUGGCUACGCAGAUCCGCUGCCGCCCCCUGCCGGCCCCUCCCUCUAUGGCCUCAACCACCUUUCCCAUCACCCUUCCGGGAACCUGGACUACAACGGGGCGCCCCCUAUGGCCCCCAGCCAGCACCACGGACCCUGCGACCCACACCCCACCUACACAGACCUCUCCUCUCACCAUGCGCCUCCUCCUCAGGGUAGAAUCCAAGAAGCGCCCAAAUUAACACACCUGUGAUGGGAGAGGGCAGACCAGGGUUAGGGGAUGGGGAGGAAGAGGGAGACUGUGGAGCUCUGUGGGGGCAGCCUGGACGUCUGAAAGAGGGGCCAGGGAGGUGGUAGCCAGGCUUCCUGGGCAGAACCAGCCAAAAGCUCCUUCCCCUCCCCCGGCCUGAGAGGUUGCUUUUAAGUCCUCCACCCCUUGUUCCAUCUGCCUGCCAACCCAUCGGAAAGGAAUCCACAGCAGAUUGGAGAUGACCCCAUCAACCGCAGGGCUCCAGCACUACCAAGUUGGAAUUCCACGCCCGGGAGUGGGGCAGAGGAAGAUGAGAUAGGACGAGGCAGAGAAGCACAUUUUAAAAACUAGACAAGAUGGCUAGGCCAUCACCACCCAACGGACUUACCUUACAUCUUUGUAGGUAAUUCCCCCCAAAUCUUGAUUUUUUUUCCUCAAUUCUCCUUUAAAAAAAUAAGAAAACACACUUCAGAUCCAAAGGGCACAAAGCACGUUCCCUUUCAACUUCCCCCAAUCCUCAUAUUUGUUCCCGUUUAUUGAGGUACCUACCCCCUCCAUUUCCAGCCCCAGGUUUUUCUGCUCUAAGACAUUCAUAUCUAUACAUCCCACCCUCAUCAAUUACAGCUUUCAGAGGGCUCAGGGAUGGUGAGAAAUCCUGAAAGAGCUGCCUAUAUUAUAAAUUAUAUAUAUAUAUAUAUAUUUUUAAGGAAAAGUGUGGAGGCUAGGGCAGGCAGGUUGUUAGGACUGAAGCCUUGCCCAUUCUGCUGCCUCCAUCUCAGCUCCAGCUCCAUCCCCCUCUCUCCACAGAAAGCGGUUGGUGACACGAGGUUCUACACUUUUCAUUUCUUCUGUUGCUCUCUUGACUUAACGUGAAAACAGGGUAUAUUUGAACAAACUGACUGUCCCAGGCAGGGGCUGCUGCAGGACCUGUAUGCCUUGCUCAGCCUCCUGACAGGACACUUUUGUUGCACUUAGAGUUUACAUUUUAAUGGAUAUAAAAACAACUGUGAGAGAUGUCUGGGCCUGCAGAAGGCCGCAUCGCUCAAAAAAGCGUGUGUUCUAGUGAACAUUUUCAUAUAUAUUUAUUGGUUAUAGCCUGUUAAAAUAUUUUCUUUUUUGUAUUAUUUAUCCCCCUACAUUAUGUAUUUAUAUGAGGGAAAAAAUGAAAAAAUUGUACUUUUUUAGUAUUUACUUGUUAUAAAGGACAUUGUGUUUCCUGUCAUGUAAAACCAGCUAUUUUAGUUAUUAUUGUACUCUAGAAAAGAGCUGUAGAUUUAUGUUAAACUCGUACUUAUGAACAAUUGUAAUUAGUUCUAAAAGGCAUGAACUCAGCUCCUAAUCGUCGCUGUAUAGUCCUGAAUUUGUAGAACUAGAGUUAAUUCCCUCUUGGAACUUUCUUUGUUCUUCAGUAGUUACUUUUUUCCUUACCUAAAAGGGUUGUCUGUCAAACAAUUCUUGAAUAAACUUUGUGUUAUCAAUUUUA